AUGACAUGUACACAUGGAAAUGCUAAUACUGAAUUAGCAAAAGAAUACAUUUCCAAGCGAAAAAUUCCACAAUUAUUUGAAGCGUUAAUCACUGGCCUUAUGGUUCAUAAACCAGAAGAUCAUAUCGAGUUUAUCAUAAAUUCAUUAAAACGAUACAAAGAUGGAAAUCAACAAUUGAAAUGGGAUGAAUUCAUCGAACGUAAAGGUGGAAUGCACAAUAUAUUAGCACCGAUUACUAAAUCGACGGAUUUGAAUACAGCACUUGAAAUCGACAACCGUCUAUCGAAACUUGAUGCUAUACCUGCCGGUAAACAUGAAGAAAAACCGAAAAUUCAAGAACGACCGCAAUCCCCAACUCCUGAUCAGCAACUCAAACACGAACAAGAAAGAGCACAAGCACCGAAGUCCGAUCAACAACACACAAGUAAUGACGAUAAGACUAAAUAUCAACCACAACAGAUGGCAAAUGCUCAAGUAACUGAACACAAACGUUUAUUGCAAGGCAAACCAAUAAUUUUCGUUGGUGGUGGACCAGGUAGUGGUAAAGGUACACAAUGUGAGAAAAUGAUUGAAAAAUAUGGUUUUACACAUCUAUCAACUGGUGAUUUGAUUCGCGCUGUUGUCAAAGAUUCAACGUCAGAAAAGGGUCGUUAUUUCAAUGAAAUCAUGUCUCAAGGAAAACUCAUUUCUACUACAUUCUCGGUUUACUUAAAGACGUAA